GCUUCAUUUUGCUCCUGACUAGUCCUGAUCGAAUACACGUUUCCGUUGCACAUUAUUCUUGGUAAAGUGCCUGGGUUGCUUGUGGUGUUGAAUAUUGGUGAGAUUAAACUUAAAAAAAGCUACCAACGGUUUGAAAUUUUACGCUAAGUUGUGUAAAAAUGAGUUCCAAACUUGAAAAAGUCCUGAAUAUCUCUCUCGAGGACUAUAUCGCAGAGAAGGGAAUCGUCAGCAGUAUUCGUUCUUCACCCAGCACAUCGACCGACGUGGGAUAUUUUAAACGCCAGCUGCGUUCGGAAAAUGAAGAUGAUGAGAAUGAUGAAGAUAUGUUUGUCGAGGACCGCAACGGAAUGGACGUAACAUCAUUACACAGCCAGGAAUCCUUGGGUGGCGAUAGUAGUAUACAAUCAGGGAAUGUUGAAAUGAAAAUUCCAAUGAUACAGGUAGAUUCUGGUUCUGUAGAAAGCGUUCGCACUUUUGUAACCGAGGAGCAUAAGCGAGGAAUUAGGCAUAUGCCGUCGCAACAAUGGCGCCUGCAAAGACAAAAUCAGGUUUCAAAGAAACCUGCUGGAUUACCACCGCUAAUGUCGGUGAAGGCAGUUUUCGAUCAGAAUACCGACCGUCUUAUUGCCUCGCUCGGUGACAACGCCAAGUUUAACAAUGCAGACGCUCGUAAUCGUAUUAAUCAACGGCUGACUCACCCCAGGAAGCAAAAUAAUUUUCAUUAUAACAAUUUCAAUAACAAUAGGCGACAUCGGAAUAAUCGUAAUCGGAACCAAUACGGAAGAAACCCAAAUAUGGUUCCAAGUUUCAACCCGUCGGUGGAAAAAAUCGAACAUCGAGCCAAUGCUCAAUUGAACAUCAACCAGGCGAGAGAUUUGCGUUCAUUUAUUUCGCCACCUUCGUCCUAUCAGUCUCAGGAAGUUGUGUCGGGUCCCAUUGGACCUUGGAAUAAUUCAAAUGCUUUUGGGCAGCCACAGCUGGUAACCUUUGCCGAUAUGUUAAAUCGGAUCGGUCAAGCGUCAACGGUUCAGGAUCGCGACACUUUCACAGAUGUUAUUCGCAACGUAAUGCGCAACCAACAACAACAGCAACAAUCUGCGUUGAUGCCGACAAUGAAUGCGGAGAAUUUCUCCCAGAUGACAUCGAACGAACUAAUGCCGUUCGCAGCUCAAACGCUGCUCAAUCACAUAUCCACUGUUCAUCAAAACUUUGGACCCAAGUACGAUAUGAAGGUGCAGAAGGAAAUUCACACUCUUCAGGGUAAAACGAUGUUCUACCGGUCGUCCGGAGUCGUUAGCACAGACGGGGCGGGCCUCCCCGAUGAACGGGUUAAACCGGUUACGACCGACUUGAGCAUGAAUAUGCGCUUUAGUUAGGAUGGAUCUGUGGUAACUUUUGAUGGUUUGUGGUGGUUGACGACUUUCUAUGUUAAAUAUGAAUCGCUUUCAGUAAUUGCGAAUCUGUUGAUUAUUUGUUUUGUUUCUUAUAACUUUUUCAGACAAUAGCGUAGGCUAUUAUUAGGUAUAACAUUGUUUCUCGAUAAAACUUUAGGUAAAAAUACCUAUAUCUGAAUGUAAUUUCUUUAUCUCAAUGCUGCUGAAUUCCGAGCCUUCGAAUAUCCCUUAAAAUAAAACAUGUUUCUAAAGAGUGUAUGGAAUAAAUGUAAUUCAAUAAAUUA